CAUACCGAGCACCCCUGGCACCAUGGUGCUACGGCCGUAAGGGAGACUGUCUGUCAUGCGCUCCUAUAUUACUGCACUCACGUCCGCCAUGCAUCCCAUUUACGGCCUGGCAUCUGCUUUCUCUUGAGCCUCCACGCACACAAUCCUCACGAAUACCCUAACCUUGACCGCGAGCAGCUAUGGGUCAGGCAAUCACGUGGCUCCUGUGUGCCGUCGCUGCUCUAUCUGUGCCUGCUAGUGCCUUCCAUUGGUCUGGCUCGGUCUGCACGCGGGACCCCUACUCCUACAUCCUGCCUCUGUCCGGCUAUCCUCCCGCCGAGUCUUUCUGCGCCUCUGCCUACCCGUUGAAACCAGUCACACACACCGUGACAACGACCCCAUCGUCUAUCACGAGUACGACAACAACAUCAGUGACGCUCACAACGACAACCAUCACCAGUACUGUAGACGUACCCGCCCAAAAGAAGCGAGACAACCCAGCCAAGGCUAGCCAAUGGCAUGACUGCUCCUCCCGACUACGACACGCCGGAGGUUGUUUCCUAAGCACGGCGUGUUCCUGCAUUCAGACGCCGUCUACAACGACCGUGACGAAGACUGCGCCACCACGCAUUGAUUCGACCAGCAUCUCUACAGUCGACUCGACCUCCAUCAUCACCACCGUCGACGCAACGACAACAGUUUGCACGGCGGGCACUAUCGCUAACCCUAGCGGGCCUGGCUAUUUCAGCACCGCUUGCGGAACCUCCGUAAUUCCCAUUUUUACGCCCACGCCUGACUCCGCCACGUCCUUUGACUCCUGUCUAGCGUCUUGCGCUGGGCGUACCGAGGUAUCCACGGGAGCGUGCUGUGCGGUGGAUUUCGACGUCAGCACUGGCGUGUGCAACCUCCAGAUAACAAUGAGCGACAGCUCCACGUGCACGUACGGUUAUACCUACACCCCGGACCCCGCCUACGACUACGCCAUCUACUAUAACCCUUCAUAGCUUGACACGUCAGCAUGCUUUCCCGCCUCGUUCGUUCCACUUCCAACUGCUUCAAACCAUCGUGCAUGUCGCCAAAUUCGCUGGUUCCCCGUACGAGCCUUAUGCCCGCUCGUCUGUAGCCUUUGCCCAGCCUCGCGGCGGCUUCACGCCGAAAUUGGAGUUAACGACACCAAGAGCGUCGUUGAUAAGCAUCACUGUUCUCUGAUGUGGCAUCAGCACUUUCUCCUCAUUAGCUACAGGUAGAGCUGACUGUGAGGGACGGAAACAUCCUCAGGCUGCGAAGCUUAUUGGCACGGCUGAAGCA